UGCGGCGGCCCAAAGAACAACAUCCACUGGUUGUGGGCGUGGCCCUCAACUCUCUAUCCAAAACCGCCCAGAAGAGAGAGAGAACCGUGAGGACGCCGCGGCCGAAGAAACAGAAGAGAAAAAUGGCAUCUUCUCUCUGCUUCACGAGGGUAUCUACGUCCCUCCCACUUCCGUUUCGCUGCUUCCAUGGCGUCCGUCUCUCCCACUCUCCCACGGCGGUCCCUCCACAGAAGAAGCUCGGCUCCUCUAAAACCCUAUCAGGAUCACCUCUUGUCCUCCAGAAGAGCCUCUCUCCUAUCCCAUCGCCCUGUCAGAAGCCUUCUAAUCUCACAGUUUUCGCUGCCAAGGGAUACAAGAUGAAGACCCACAAGGCGUCGGCGAAGCGGUUUCGGGUGACGGGUAAGGGGAUUAUAGUGAGGCGGCGGUCGGGAAAGCAGCACUUGCUCGCGAAGAAGAACACCAAGAGGAAGCUCCGGCUCUCCAAAAUGCACCCAGUUAGCAGAAGUGACUAUGACAAUGUGAUUGGUGCACUACCAUACCUCAAAGUGAAUCGGAAGGCAACCUGAGGUCCAAGCUAUCAUCAAACGAAUUUGAUGGUUUCUUUAGUUUUUUCUUUGAAUCUUAAAUGUCCAUUGCUUGUUACUUGGAUAUAUUAUAUUCACUCAUUAUUUUUUAGACUAUUCAGUUUAUGUUUGCUAAAAUUCUCAAUCUGGAGAUUAUUAUGAUGGAUCUGUUUGCUAA